CGCAAGUUUGCGUUGUAUGAAACGUUUUGAGCGUGAACUGAGGUCGUUCUUAUGAUGAUGUGAUUCACAUGUGUCAAUAGGAGCGUCUUGAUAUCGCUAGACAACGUCCAAGAUGUCGACGGACCAACGCACGAGCCACGCCUGACAUUUUUCGAGCGGACGGAUUACAGCUUCCCACGACCACGCGCACAACACUUCAGCGCUUAAGUACUCCCUCAAAGAAGCUCUACAGCAUCAAUCGCACCAAUGGCAGCCGUACUAUCAUCCUGGAUCCCACCCGCCGAGGGUCUUCUUCCCAAAUGGCUGCUCUUCGUCUCCCUCGUCUCGACGCUAAACAGCAUCCAAGCCUACAGCACCCUAACCUACACCUCGCGCGUCUACAACCCAACCUCCACGGACCCGCCCCUCAAACAACCCGCACAUGUAACCUGGCUUAGCAGCCGCACAUUCGGUACCUGGACCUUCUUAACCUGUGUGAUUCGCUUUUAUGCUGCGUAUCAUAUUAACGAGCCGGCGUUUUAUCAGCUUGCAAUGUGGACGUAUGUCGUUGCGUUUGCGCACUUUGGCAGCGAGUGGUGGAUCUUUGGGACGACGAGGUGGGGGAAGCCGCUUGCGGGGCCGGUAAUUGUGUCAAUAGGGAGUCUUGUGUGGAUGUUCUCGCAAUGGGGUUACUACGUUAAGGCAUAGUUUGUGAGGGAGGUGGAUGACAUAUGUUCUGAAGGCUGGGAGGAUGGUGUAUGUGUUUGUAGAUAUACAUGUAUAUUGAGCUUAUAGCGUACCCAUAGCGUCUACUUCAAGGCGUGGAAAGUAAGGUAUACUUUGACAAGUCAAGUCGUUCUGCAGUAGCAAAUGAUUGUGGUGCGUUGCAAGAUGAGAGUGUAGGAGCUGGUGCAUCGAAGAUGUGCUAGGU